AAGACCCACGGUUUGUCAAUGGACGUGAUGAUCGAUUUAAAUAUAUUGGGAAUUUAAAUGACAAAACUGCAACUCUCCAGUUAUCCAAUGUUACACUGAAGGAUGAAGGCAGCUACAUGUGCAUCUUCACCUUGUUUCCCAGUGGAAAUCAGAAGACUGAAAUACCUCUAAAAGUUUUUGUGCCUCCUUUCACAAACAUCACAGACAAUCUUCCCACUUUGGGCAAAGAAGAGGUUUUAUUUGCUACCUGCAAGGCUGCUGGCUCGAAGCCUCCUGCAGAGGUGAGGUGGCUCACUGGUACAUUGGCAGACAAAGUGAGGAUGACAACAAAUUCCACCCAGUAUGACAAUGGUACAACUACCACAGUCAGCUCUCUGUUUGGUGUUCCUAUGAGAGAGAUUAAUGGUCACCAGGUCCAGUGUGUCAUCAGCAGUGACUCCCUGUCUACAAAGGAAACCCUGCCCUUCACCAUACAGGUCUACUUCUCUCCCACAGAAGUGAACGUCAGACGGAUUUCAGAGGACACAUUUGAGUGUGUGGCAGCAGCCAAUCCAGAAGCUAAAUAUGACUGGAACAGAUCUGGCCAGUCUUUGCCACAACCUGGUGUCAAAGUAGAGGGUGCGAAGCUACAACUGCUGAGUCUGACCUCUGAUCUAAAUGGCCUCUAUCAGUGUGAAGCAUCUAACACAUAUGGAAGUAAACACAGUCAGCUCUAUGUGCAUGUGGCAUCAGGAACAUGUUCUGCUGCUUGGACUUUAUUUGGCCUUUUGUUUUUCCUGAAUGUCAUUGCAGCUGCACUUUGGUGUUAUUCGAAAUCUGGAUAUUCUCAAAAGAGACGUCGUCUAGUUUUAAAAGAUUCUAAAAAUGGGACAAAUGGCGAAGCAGAAAUGCUCGCAGCAAAGACAUCUCAGCUGGCAGAUGCGGAAAGCAAAAAUGGACAAUACAGUACCUGUACUGAGGGGACCACCAAUGUGUCAUUGCAGACUGGUUAAUGAACAGAUAAGGAACAGGCUAAAGUGAUGGUGAUGGGGAUGGAUGUUUGUCUUUGUAGCAACUUCUUGAAAGCCUUAAAUCAUUGAAGUGUGUUGUUUGCCUUGUUUUAAAUGUAACCAGCUUUAAGUUUCUGUGUUUGAUUUACGUUUUUUUUUUCUUUUCUGAAAUUUCAACACUGCAUUUUUUUGUUUUGUAAUUGUCUUUAUGAUGUGUUACAUUGCUCAUGUUUUUACCUCUUUUUUUAAUGAAUUGUAAUUGCAUUAAUAUUAUAAGAACCUGUUCCUCAGUACACAUAUUUUUAGUGUGUAUACCACACCUGUUAUCCAUGAUAUAUCUAUCAAGUCUCCUGCCACUCCUAAUUCACGUGAGCAGUGUUUUGACUACAUUCAUUUCACAAGUCUACACAGCUUCUCUGUAGCUUUGGCUUACUCAUAAUAGGUUUGACCAGAAGAAUGAUUACAGUGAUCAACUGAUUGUGUUAUCAAACGAAAUAUCUCAGAAGUGCUGCGUACGACAGAGGAGUAACGUAGCAUUGUUCCAGUGAAGGCUCCUGUGCAAACAAAACUUAGAAACUUUGUCAUACAACUUUGAACUGCAGUGGGGGGGGGGGGUUUGAGACUGAGUUACCUAACGUGUUUCAAUACUGUCUACUACACAGGAGAAAAGGAAAAAAACCUCACACUCUAUUUUCAUAAAUUCUUUAUUCUUUCAAGUAACAUACCAACAUUAUUACCUUGGGAACUGUGUUUUAAUCAUUUAAUAUUAAGCUGAAUAUGCUUUUGAAGCUGCUGAAAGCAGAAGGGGAUCCAACAUGGUACUAGUGAUGCAUAUCUAAUAAUUUAGCCAGUGGUUGUGAGUCUAUAAAAAGUAUAAAUAGAGCUAGAUAAAUUCAGACUGUUCUUGGCGGACGAAUCAGUGUUAAUUAAAGAAGAUUCUAUCCAGCCCCUGGAAGUUUAAUGGCAACCUCUAUCUCACUGCUAACAGAAACUGCUUUCAGGCACAAUCGAUGUUUUUUUUUUUGUUUUGUUUUUUUUAAACUGACUGAAUAAACUGAAGAGCUUAUUUGGAAAAAAUGCUCUUGGAGAAUGUACAAUUUUAGUCAAACUGGAAAGUCAGGAUGUCUCAAACUCUACUUUUUUGUUUUCACAAGUUACUGUUUUAUGUUAUGAAUCCAUGAUUUUUGACUUUAAUUGCAAAAAUAAAAAA